GCGUUUUGUGAGGUUUUGCGUGACAGUUUUGGUUGGGUGAUAGAACGACGUGAAUUUUAAUAGUUAUCACAAGAGUCAUGUUUUUAUGUAAAUCAAGCAUUUCCACAGUGAAACGUUAAUAUAAAUAAAGUCCGUCUAUAGCCCGUUAAUUCAAUUUGUUUGAUACGCAACGACAUGGCCGCUAAGAAUGUCAUGGUUUCCAUGGAGUAGACUAUUUGGUAUUCAGUUUGUGUUCACCAAGCAACAAAGUGUGCAAGUAUUUAGGAUAUCUGAGCAAUAUAAAUGAGCAGUAUGUUUUCUAAGAAAAAGAAGAAGCCUCUUAUUUCACCACCCAGUAAUUUUGAACACAGAGUCCAUACUGGCUUUGAUAGACGAGAGGGCAAAUUUGUUGGUCUACCACUACAGUGGGCAUCUCUUGUUGGAAACAAUCAGAUACUUAAAUCAACAAACAGACCACUGCCAAUGGUAGAUCCUUCAGAAAUUACCCCCACGGAAAUCCUAGACUUAAAAACCAUAGUAAGAGGUGACCACAGAACUGCCUCUGUAUCCUCUCUAAUUUCCACUCCAUCACAAGUGCUACCAAACCUUCCAGUACAACCUGUGCAAAAUGGUGUUAUAUUGCCCAAAACAUCAAAUGUUGCAAGAUCAAAUUCAUUGAGAAGUAGUAGUCCUCCUAGAAUAAGAAGGGAUUUCCGGAACCAGCCUAAUGUUCCACCAGCAGUUCCUGAAGAGUCCCCACCUGUACCACCAGCCCCAACACAGUACCCCAGUUUACGAAGAGAACACAGCAAUUAUACUCUGAAUAAGCCGAUAGCUGAGUCACCUACGGAGUGGGCUCAGCACACCCAUGAGGCCACAGUCAGGCCUGUGUCCGAGCUGAAUGAUAACCACCACGCUACUAUGACCUACCAGAAUGUGCAGAAUGCCAAUGUACCUUAUCAACACAACCACCCACCGAAGCAGAUGUCACACAGUAGCAUGCACCGAGGGCUCAAUGGAAAUAAUGUCAAUAUGGGUGAACCAUACGGCGCGCGACCUGCGCACGCGCCGGGCGCACCGGGCGCGGCGCACCUGCCGCUCGCAGCCUCCAAGCACGAGCUGAGGUUGACUCAUGAACAGUUCCGUGCAGCGCUCCGCCUUGUAGUCAGCGAGGGCGACCCGCGCUCCACGCUGUCCGGCUUCAGCAAGAUCGGCGAGGGCUCCACCGGCGUGGUGUGCGCCGCCACCGACUCCCGCACGCGCCGCCGCGUCGCCGUCAAGAUGAUGAACCUGCGCAAGCAGCAGCGGCGAGAGCUGCUGUUUAACGAAGUGGUUAUAAUGCGCGACUACCCGCACCCGCACAUCGUGGAGAUGCACGCGUCGUACUUGGUCGGCGACGAGCUAUGGGUGGUGAUGGAGUACAUGGCCGGCGGGGCGCUCACCGACGUGGUCACCAGAGCCAGAAUGGACCCGGAGCAAAUCGCCACCGUCACCAAACAGUGUCUCAAGGCUCUAGCGUUCCUCCACGGGCAAGGCGUGAUACACCGGGAUAUUAAGUCGGACUCGAUACUUCUCACCGCGGACGGCAGGGUCAAACUAUCUGAUUUUGGCUUUUGUGCUCAAGUUUCUCAGGAGCUUCCAAAACGUAAAUCCCUAGUCGGCACGCCAUAUUGGAUGUCGCCCGAAGUGAUAUCGCGGUUGCCGUACGGGCCCGAGGUGGACGUGUGGUCGCUCGGCAUCAUGAUGGUGGAGAUGGUUGACGGGGAACCACCGUUCUUCAACGAGCCUCCCUUGCAGGCGAUGCGUCGCAUCCGCGACAUGCCGCCUCCGCGGCCGCGCGGCGCGGCGCGCUGCCCCGCCGACCUGCUGGCCUUCAUCGAGAGCGCGCUCGUGCGCGACCCGGCGCAGCGCCAGCCGGCCGCGCGCCUGCUGCAGCACCCCUUCCUGCGCCGCGCCGGCCCGCCCGCGCUGCUCGUGCCGCUCAUGCCGCCGCCGCCGAGGCCCACCGCCACGUGUGAGUAUACACGACACAAGCAUAGACCCGGCGCAGCGCCAGCCGGCCGCGCGCCUGCUGCAGCACCCCUUCCUGCGCCGCGCCGGCCCGCCCGCGCUGCUCGUGCCGCUCAUGCCGCCGCCGCCGAGGCCCACCGCCACGUGUGAGUAUACACGACACAAGCAUAGACCCGGCGCAGCGCCAGCCGGCCGCGCGCCUGCUGCAGCACCCCUUCCUGCGCCGCGCCGGCCCGCCCGCGCUGCUCGUGCCGCUCAUGCCGCCGCCGCCGAGGCCCACCGCCACGUGUGAGUAUACACGACACAAGCAUAGACCCGGCGCAGCGCCAGCCGGCCGCGCGCCUGCUGCAGCACCCCUUCCUGCGCCGCGCCGGCCCGCCCGCGCUGCUCGUGCCGCUCAUGCCGCCGCCGCCGAGGCCCACCGCCACGUGUGAGUAUACACGACACAAGCAUAGACCCGGCGCAGCGCCAGCCGGCCGCGCGCCUGCUGCAGCACCCCUUCCUGCGCCGCGCCGGCCCGCCCGCGCUGCUCGUGCCGCUCAUGCCGCCGCCGCCGAGGCCCACCGCCACGUGUGAGUAUACACGACACAAGCAUAGACCCGGCGCAGCGCCAGCCGGCCGCGCGCCUGCUGCAGCACCCCUUCCUGCGCCGCGCCGGCCCGCCCGCGCUGCUCGUGCCGCUCAUGCCGCCGCCGCCGAGGCCCACCGCCACGUGUGAGUAUACACGACACAAGCAUAGACCCGGCGCAGCGCCAGCCGGCCGCGCGCCUGCUGCAGCACCCCUUCCUGCGCCGCGCCGGCCCGCCCGCGCUGCUCGUGCCGCUCAUGCCGCCGCCGCCGAGGCCCACCGCCACGUGUGAGUAUACACGACACAAGCAUAGACCCGGCGCAGCGCCAGCCGGCCGCGCGCCUGCUGCAGCACCCCUUCCUGCGCCGCGCCGGCCCGCCCGCGCUGCUCGUGCCGCUCAUGCCGCCGCCGCCGAGGCCCACCGCCACGUGUGAGUAUACACGACACAAGCAUAGACCCGGCGCAGCGCCAGCCGGCCGCGCGCCUGCUGCAGCACCCCUUCCUGCGCCGCGCCGGCCCGCCCGCGCUGCUCGUGCCGCUCAUGCCGCCGCCGCCGAGGCCCACCGCCACGUGUGAGUAUACACGACACAAGCAUAGACCCGGCGCAGCGCCAGCCGGCCGCGCGCCUGCUGCAGCACCCCUUCCUGCGCCGCGCCGGCCCGCCCGCGCUGCUCGUGCCGCUCAUGCCGCCGCCGCCGAGGCCCACCGCCACGUGUGAGUAUACACGACACAAGCAUAGACCCGGCGCAGCGCCAGCCGGCCGCGCGCCUGCUGCAGCACCCCUUCCUGCGCCGCGCCGGCCCGCCCGCGCUGCUCGUGCCGCUCAUGCCGCCGCCGCCGAGGCCCACCGCCACGUGUGAGUAUACACGACACAAGCAUAGACCCGGCGCAGCGCCAGCCGGCCGCGCGCCUGCUGCAGCACCCCUUCCUGCGCCGCGCCGGCCCGCCCGCGCUGCUCGUGCCGCUCAUGCCGCCGCCGCCGAGGCCCACCGCCACGUGUGAGUAUACACGACACAAGCAUAGACCCGGCGCAGCGCCAGCCGGCCGCGCGCCUGCUGCAGCACCCCUUCCUGCGCCGCGCCGGCCCGCCCGCGCUGCUCGUGCCGCUCAUGCCGCCGCCGCCGAGGCCCACCGCCACGUGUGAGUAUACACGACACAAGCAUAGACCCGGCGCAGCGCCAGCCGGCCGCGCGCCUGCUGCAGCACCCCUUCCUGCGCCGCGCCGGCCCGCCCGCGCUGCUCGUGCCGCUCAUGCCGCCGCCGCCGAGGCCCACCGCCACGUGUGAGUAUACACGACACAAGCAUAGACCCGGCGCAGCGCCAGCCGGCCGCGCGCCUGCUGCAGCACCCCUUCCUGCGCCGCGCCGGCCCGCCCGCGCUGCUCGUGCCGCUCAUGCCGCCGCCGCCGAGGCCCACCGCCACGUGUGAGUAUACACGACACAAGCAUAGACCCGGCGCAGCGCCAGCCGGCCGCGCGCCUGCUGCAGCACCCCUUCCUGCGCCGCGCCGGCCCGCCCGCGCUGCUCGUGCCGCUCAUGCCGCCGCCGCCGAGGCCCACCGCCACGUGUGAGUAUACACGACACAAGCAUAGACCCGGCGCAGCGCCAGCCGGCCGCGCGCCUGCUGCAGCACCCCUUCCUGCGCCGCGCCGGCCCGCCCGCGCUGCUCGUGCCGCUCAUGCCGCCGCCGCCGAGGCCCACCGCCACGUGUAAUUAAGAUAUUCCUAACGACUAACCAGAUGCCCACCAGUUCGACACGAAAAAGACGUAUUUAUUUUAUCGAAGUGACGUAGAGCUUGCAGCUUCCUUGCAUUUAGCGUUCCCACAACGAUCAUGACAAACCAAAGUUGUUACGAAGCAACUUGCAAAGUGUAAUUUUAGUUUUUUGUACAAAAUAAUCGUUACGAAUUUUAGCUAUCGUAAGCGGGAAUUACGUAUAGACCUGAAAUGUUGGUAUCCUAUAUAAGUUUACUUUCCAUAAUAUAUUUAUAAUCUAAAAUGUGACUUUCCACAUCAAUAGGUGCCUUAUGAUACAAAUGUAUAAGGUAGAUUUUUGAAAUGGAAAGACGCAAAUAUUUACUUCCAAUGCAAAUAGACACAAUCAACUAAGGGACUGUUGCCCCGAGAACAUGUAUAAUCGUAAUUACGUACCCUAAAAUUGUGUUGUAAGAUAAGUGAUUUGUUAGCUGUGUUGUUGUUGAACAACAAUCCGUUAAUUGUGGUUCGUAAAACCGGUAAGUGUUGUCUAUAACAGUGGAUUUUCAGUUAAGAACGGUGCAAACAUGAACAGUGUGAAAUCUACUCGAUACUAAACUAUUGGUAGUCGAUAUAAUUAAUUAUAAUCGUUUCGCUAUUCAAACACUCUUGAUUCUAACUGUCCGAAAUCAAGUUAGAUUUGGAUUCAUGAUUCACGUAUUUCAUAAAAAAAAACGUACUAUUAAAAUUUGAUACAUAUAUAUUUUCUCUUCUACUUCGCUUUGUAUCUUUCUUUUCUAAAAUCCACUUGUAGCCUAAAUUUAGCACUUUGAGCAGCUUGAAAAUAACAAUUUAAUCUUGACAACGUAUUUACAAUUUUCAAAUACGUAAUUUCCGCGUCUUUUCUUCCAGUGAAAUCAUUCCAUCGCCGAUUCAUGUACUAUAUGGAAAACAUUCCUUUUAUUUAAUUACUCUCUUGAACAUGUAAUCGAUAUAUCGUUGAAAAUAUAUUUAUCGUGUUUUUAUGCCAUACAAUUGUUGGAUACAUGUUUGUUGUAGAUUUAUGCGUUAGUGUAUGCCUUUAAGCGUUAAGUAAUAUUAUUACGUUUUUAUAACUCACGCCCAUAUGGAAUGUUAUACUUUUUUCUUGCACUAUAAUAUUAUAUUCAUACCUUAAUGACUUAAAACAAGCAUUUUACACUUAUUUAGGUUCUAUUCUAACCGAAUCGUGUCUUGUAAAAUUAGUAUCUUAAAAGAUGACAAAAAUGAAUCAGUAUUAUUGAGUAGCAUGACGGCUGCUGUUGUACUUAACUUACUAAAUUAUAAAUCGAUAUUAGUGGAUAUUAUGCGUAAUCGUAAGUUAAAAACGUCGAUUAAUCUUCAACAUUCCGGAACGAGUAUUUUAAAUUUCUAUUUUCUUAUUUUUAUAUUCAACUUUAUACUUGAUAUUAAAUGAAAUUUACAAAACGGUCAUAUCAACCGAUAUUUAGACUUAAGGCUGAGCCCAAAAUCUCAAAUGUUGUGUUUAUAGGGCUUUGUAUAAAACAAUUUUUUUUUUAUGGAACCAGUAUCCUAGCCCAUCAAAUUCAGUGGCAGCUAAAUUUAAGAUAAAAAGUUUUAAUCAAACUUCAGUCGGGCCACGUCCGACCACGGGUAAAGAUGGAAGGGCUUUAAGUGACCAUAUGCCCUAACUGAUUAUUGUUUCUUGUAGGAGUAUUCGAUAUCUACAUAUUUUAGUAAAAUUAUAUAUUUUUUAAUUCGAAAUAUAGGUCACUAGAUAAGUAUAAAAUAAUAGACAAACAUGAAACAAAGAGGUGGCCUAUCACAUAUACUUUUUAAAACUAUGUUUCCAUAGACAAUGAUUGACCCGAAAACAUUUACUUUAUUUUUAAAUUGAUUUAUUAAAAAAAUCUAACUUCGUAUGAAAUGAAAAUGUUGUAUAAAUUAUGCGUAAAUCGUCCUUAGCCCACGCCGACGUUUUCAAAGUUUUAUUUGUCAAUUGCAAAACUUAUCUAGCGACUAUGUAAGUUGAUUCCAGUUUUAUUAGCAAUAAGAAUAAACAGACAGUCACAAAUACCCUUACUUUCCACUCCACAGGUAUUUUUAUAGAAGUAAGGAUAACUUAAAUCGAUUUGGCCUUAAAACUGUGAUGUUUAUGAACCUGAUUAUGAUAUUUUAUCUUAACUAAACGAAGUUUUGCCUGCCUAAUAUUUUUACAAAAGAUUUCAUUCUUACUUGCCAGAUUUUUGAUGACUAUUUCUCUAGUACAAAUUAAAAUUAAUUCACAUAAAUAACUAAUUAUUGAAAUUAGGUAUUUUGUGAAAAAAAAAACUAACAGUCAUACGAACUAGUAAGCGAUUACCAAUUCUUUAACCUCGAAGUCGAGUAUUUUUUGUAUGUAAAAACAAACCACGCUAUUUUGGCCUAAAUGUUUAGUGAGUAACACUACUAACAAAGUUUGUAUGUGAAUUAGAAAGCUAGAGUUGUGACUAAAUGAUACAUAUUUAAGUCGAAAACGUAGGCAGCUAGAUGUUACUAAGAUAGACUAGAGCCUUACCUAGACUUAGUGCCUUAACACAGCCUAGAUUGUUGAAAGCACGUUGAAUGCACCUGUACGUUUGUUAUUUACAAUAUUUGCUCGUAUUUAUACAAUAACAUGUAGAUAUUCAUCACAAAUCAUUUCCAUUGUCUUCUUGCGACAUGAUGUUUUUCAUCAGAAUGUCAUAAUUUAUUUGUAUCAAUUUCAAAUUUAUGUAAGGUAUAUGCCAAAUAUUUUGUAAAAUUAUGAUAUCACAUUGUUAUAAGAUUGUUAUGAAAUAUAGAUUUUGAGAAAAA